CAUUGUCCAGGUUAGUAAAGAUAAAUACUCUAGGAGAUAUUUAUGAUACUGAUAUCAAGAUUAUUAACAAUUUCAGCUGGCACAGAGUCCGACUCAGAAUGUAGUUCACUAGAACGCCCCAAGCAGGACAUCUAUACCAGGGUGCACAGAAAGCCUACCCCACAUAAAAAGAAACACAGGCAGCAGAGGAAGAGUGACCCAUCUUAUGAUAAAGCACCUCUCAUACCAGCAUAUACCCCUGACAGGCUGAAACCCCCUGAUGAAUACAGAAAAUCUGUGCAGCACUCGGCCUCGGAGGGCAGUGAGGGCACAGGAGAUGAGUUACAAAACGGUAAAAAACAAAGGAAGAGACGAUCCCUGAAGAUCAAGAAAAAGAAAGCUGGUAAUGACUUGGUCCCUCUUCUUGCUAGCAGCCCACCAACAGAAGAUGUUUGGUUACGGAAUGAUUCAGUGGCAGAUGAGAAUCCAUAUGAAGACGUUAAACCUGACUCAAAGCUUCCUUUCUCUGGUGAUGAGCCUUGCAGAGAGGAGCUAGGAGACAGUGGGAGGUGGAAACCCUUCAACUUGAAGGUGCUAAGAAGGCAGGAUGACCCUGAAAAAAUGAGGAGGAAGGAAGAGAAGAAAGCGCUGGAUGAGGAAAAACGGAGAAAGAAAGAAGAGGAGAGGAAAAAAUCAAAAUCUGUUGGGCGGUCCUUUAGAAGAAGCAAAAAGAAACCCAAGAAUGCCCCAGGCAGUGAGAUCACCACUAAAAUGUCUCUAGAUGACUAUGUGCAAAAAGAACAACGCCUCAUCCCAGUUUUUGUAGAGAAAUGCAUCAUGCAGAUAGAAGAGGAAGGCUUGACAGCCGAGGGCAUCUACAGAGUGCCUGGGAACCGAGCCCAUGUUGAUUUACUGCUUGAAAAGUUCAAAGAAGAUCCCAAUAUAGACCUCAAUGCCUUGGACAUUCCCGUGAAUGCAGUGGCCACGGCUCUGAAAGGUUUCUUCAGUGAUCUCCAUGACCCUCUCAUACCCAGCAAACUUUAUGAUGAGCUCAUACAUGCAGCAGGUAACAUAGUAAAAAAUUUCAUUAGUUGGGUUAUAUGCUCAGUUUUUAUAUUAGACACUUCAUAAUGACAGCUAAGAUCACAGGUAUUUGUACUUUAACGUUUUCGUGUCUCUGAAGUCACUUACUUCAGGUAAUGAGGCUACAGGUGUUAUUCUCACUGGUAAGAUAGCAUGUAACUGUAUUUUUUUUCCAGGGCCUGAUUAUUUUCCAGUUUUAUAUUUUUUCAAGAAUUUUCAAAUUUUUAUGGGGGAUUUUGGUGGAGAUCAUUUUUUGUUUUCUUUUUCUCCAUUUCUGGUUAGUUGUGAUAAAUGAAAAGAGUUGAUUUUGUCCUUAAACCAAUGCAUCUAUACUUAUUCAAGAAUGGUACAGUGUAAAAUGACAUGGUGGAAGUUGUAUACAUAGAUUUAGGGUGGGCGGAAGAAUGGAAGGAAGAGAAAAAAGAGAAUUUAACGUGGAAAAAUUGGGUGUGAUGAAUCAUUUGAACAAAGGACUUGAUUGACAUUUUGGUAGAAUAUUUAUCCCAUUACCAAGCAUUGUUAUAUGUUUGAUGAAAACCAUGAUAGAAAAAAAUGUGCUUGUCCCUAAAUAAAGCUUUGUGUCAUCUAGGCAUUAAAAUAAUCAGAAGUACAAUCAUAGAGAAAAAAAUUAAGUUAGAAA